UUUUAAAAAUAAACUUUUAGAGCUGAAAAUUUACUUUUGAAACUUUAAUUUUAUUUAGUUAAAUUUUCCUAAGAGCUGUUGGAAAAUGGUAAUGUAUUUUACAUUUUUGCAUUGACAACUAAUGUUGGCAUAUUUAAAUGUAAACUGUAAGAGACGGCGAUCACUUUACAAUAUUGAAUCCAUGUCAUGGAUCAAUUACACCCAACAUACAUAGCAUUAGAUUUACAUUAUUUCUGCUAUAUUGUGCUACUAGUUAGAUGACACGUUACGCUUACACGUCUACCAGAUACUUAAUAGAUUUUGCUCGGUUUUCUUACAUGAAUGUGGUAUCAAAUUACUUCCCUCAGAUUUUGGUGUCAAAAUUGCUGGUGCAUUAUAUAUAAUAUUUAAUGCCAACUUGGCGACAAAGUGCUGGCUAAUUCUUUAUCGAGAUUAUAUUUCAUUUUUCUCAGAAAAUACGAUGUCCCAUUACGUAUCAAAUUCGAAGAAUAGUAUAGAUAUCAAAAGGGUAAAUGUAGAAGAGGAUCAUGUUGACUUUAUCCAUCAAUCACAUAUACGCAAAAGCCAAGGCAAAAGAGGAUUUCAAGUUGAACAGCUUCAACUUCUAGAGUAUCCGAAAAUAUAUUCCAAUAGGUAUAUUGGAAGACGAGAAAUUUCUUGUAAUUAUAAUAUAAAUGGAUUGCCUACUAUAUUUAUAGACUUCAAGAGAUCUCGAGGAAGACGUGUACUUGUCAAAGACAGUUUCAGUAUUUCAAAAUCUUCAUACCUGCAAGAAGCAGAUCAUUCAUCAGAUUGCACUCUCUUUGAGAACAUGCGUCAUAAUUAUGUUGAUUUCGAGUUUCAAGAAGCUGUAUAUCCAAUUAGGGUUUCUAUACAGCAAGGACUGAAUCCUGGUAUAAUAAUGGAAAUUUGGGCGCGAGAUUCUGAUCGGUGGUUUUUAUUAUGGACUGGAGGAAAACAGGUUGUUCGAUAUACAAGACGACUGUUGUCCCCGGCUUUACGGGCCUGUGACUUUAAAACUAAAAUGCUCAGAUUAAUAUUGCCGUUUAACGCUGAGAGAAUACAGAUAGAUGCUGUAGAGCUCAUCGGAACAUCAGAAUUGAUUCAACCUAGAGAUCCUAAACAGAGUUUGACCGAUCUAUUAAAAGAUAUUAAUUGCAGCUAUCCUGACCGUAAGGAUAUGCACAAUUUAACACCAGAUUACAAAAAUGCGGAUCUGGAUCAACUUAUGGAAAAAUUUUCCGACUAUUGUAUUAUUCGUAAAAGCAAUUUACAUUUAAAUAAUGGAAAAUUGAAAGGCAUCACACCUUCUCCAAGUGAAUUCAAGGAGCAACCACGUUGUGAUUUUUCUAUGCUUCCUGAUGAGAUGAUACUAAAAAUACUGGAAUACUUAGAUUUAAGGUCAUUGUGCCUUAUGAGUCAAACGAAUAAAUGCUUCAAUCGAUUAACACGAGAUCCUUCGCUUUUUAAAUAUUUAAAUAUACAAGAUUUGCGCAUGUAUGAGACGUCUACCGAUGAUACUAUUGGUGAUUGGCAGUGUAAAAUUCUAUCUAGCUUGGAAUCCAGAUGUGAGCAAUUACGACAGUUGAAUCUUGUAUCAUGCGACAUUUCUAGUCCACGUUUCGUAACGUUUCUUAGAACUUGUGGCUCGAAGUUAACGUCCUUGCAAUUAACUUCUUGCAAGUUUGACAACGAUAUCCUCUGUGAAAUUGGAAAAACAUGCAAAGAUUUGACAGUGUUAAAUUUGAGAUGUAAUAUUGAUGCAUUUGAUAAGGGCUACAAUCUGGACGAAGGAUUGUUGUAUCUCCAACAUCUAAAAUUUUUAGAAGAAUUAACCCUUAUACAUAUACCUAUAGAAGACGAAGAAACCCUUUGUACAGUACUGCAUGGAAAGCACCGAUUGCGUUAUUUAAAUUUGACAUUUCCUCUAUAUAUAAAUAAAGUUUUAAUGAACUUACGAGAUAAAGCAUUUUUUCCAAACUUGGAAACAAUAAAAUCGAGCUGUGCUAUUGAUUCGCGAAAGAUUGAUGCCCUAGAUGAGUUCAGGAAUUGUGUCGGUUUAGGACUGCUCAUGGCAUUUAGACAAAUAUCAUGA